GUCUGUGUGCGAAUGCACAGACGGUUCAGUAGUAAUUUGAUGUGUGUCCCUGGGGACAUUUGAUGGAUUAAAGCUAAGCAGCUCCAUUUCGCAGCACCACCUGAUCUUCCUCUGCCUGUGCCCCAUAUAAAGGCUGGCGUGAUUGCUGAUCUCAGCUAGUCUGACAGUCUCUCUCUCUCUCUCUCUGUUGCACUCUCUCCCUCCUCUCUCUCUGUCUGUCUCCAUCUCUUCUCUUCCUCACUGGUCUCUUAAGCCUGCUGCAUCACAGGAGCUAUCCAGUGCUGAACAGGAUUGCUUUUAUUUUUUAUUUUUUUAUUUUUUCUGGGGGACGCUGGGGGAACCAAAGAGUAUCAACCCAGCACUGCCAUCAGCCUCGUACUCUGCUGGUUUCCAUCUUUUUUUUCCUUUCUAGUCUUAUGUUUCUGACCACAUCAACCACAAGGAUUUACCGUCAAGCCAGCUCCGCUUGUUUGCGUCCUCAGAGGGUCUUUUAUUUUUUCUCAUGCGUUUCUCUCAGCCCCGUGUUUUCAUCCACUGAAACAUGCCCCGCUCUUUUUUGGUGAAGAAAAUCAAGCUUGAUGAUUUUUCUUCGUCCAAUGUGGCCAACUCCAACCAUCAUCACCACCUGGACGACUCGUUCACUUUUGCCCGCUCCAUCACAGACUCAGUGACCAGUCUUGGGGUUCGCCUCAGCGAGAAUGGAUACAUCCAGGAUUACAUCACACCAUCUGUAUACCAGGGGGAGAAGAAGAUGGAGCAUAAGCUGGCAUCGCCGGUGUCGGACCCCCUGUACACCCAGGUGAGCAGCGGAGAGGAUUACUGCGACCCGGACUUGAAGCACCCCGACAGCCCGCAGUCCGGCAUGACGGCGAGCGGCUUCUACACUGGUGAAUCGGAGGCUCUGGCCGAGGGUUACACCAUGGAUGCCUUCUUCAUCUCUGACGGGCGCUCCCGGCGAAAGGGAGAGGGCGAGGCUCGCGGGUCCAGCUCAAGAAGCAGCAGUGCGAACGGAGGGGUCCAGGAGCGGGGCGCCGGGGUGCCUCGCCACACCUGCAACGAGUGCGGGAAGACCUAUGCCACCUCCUCCAAUCUCAGCAGACACAAGCAGACGCACCGCAGCCUGGACAGCAAGAUGGCCCGCAAGUGUCCCACCUGCAGCAAAGUGUACGUGUCCAUGCCGGCAUUGGCAAUGCACAUCCUCACCCACGACCUCAAGCACAAGUGCGACGUGUGCAGCAAGGCCUUCAGCCGGCCCUGGCUGCUGCAGGGCCACAUGCGCUCUCACACGGGGGAGAAGCCCUUUGCCUGCGCCCACUGUGGCAAAGCCUUUGCUGACCGUUCAAACCUCCGCGCCCACAUGCAAACACACUCUGCCUUCAAGCACUACAGAUGCAAGCGCUGCAAUAAGACCUUCGCUCUCAAGUCCUACCUGAACAAGCACUAUGAGUCAGCUUGCUUCAAGGGCUCUGCGGACGAAGACGACUCUGGAUCAGAGAACUAACACAAGAGAGAAGCAAAAUUUCUGAACCCCUGUCGAAGGUUCACAACCAAUAACCCUGGUCACUCUGCCCUCCAUGCCUUUUUUCUUCCCUUUUUUUAGAAAGCAAUAUUUUCACUGAGAUUACGUGAAGAAACUCUGAUAACUGAUUAUGGCAAAGACAAUUUCAAAAGAUGCUGGAUUUUUUUUCCCUGCACAGUAGCUAAUCGUCCACAGAAACAUACAAUCAAUCAACCUUUUCCCCCAAAUAGAGACUGUAGAUGGUAGUUGUACACAACUCAGCAACGUGUCCUCACACCAAUGUGGGAACAUGUAAACACACACACACACACGCACACACCCCUACAUGAAUGCACACCCACACUUACAACACAAUUAUAUAUGAGGCCUGGCAUGUGAAUUUUUAUCAAUGACUAUAAUAAUAUUGAUAUCAAUAGUAAUAAUAUUUAGAUUCCUGAUAUUUUAUAGGAAAUAGUAACAAAAACACAAAAAAAAACAUAAAAAAGGACUAACAGUGUUCUUUUGUUUUUUAGAGACAAAAUGACCUCUUGUAUUUUUAUGCUGCUUUUUAUUUGCUAAGAAUUGAAUUCUUUUGCAACUGCCAACAUAAACUUUUUACAAAAAUGUGAACUAUGACAGUAUUUGCAAAAAAAGGGAGAUCAUUUUAAAAAGGUUAAAAAAAAAGACCAACCCUCCUUUUUGUCCACACCAACGUUUCAAUUCAACGGAUGUUAUUUUUCUAUUUAAUUUUUCUAAAUUUAUUUUUUUGUGCUUUUUAUCUCUUGUUGAUCAAAAGC